AUGGGCUCUAACAAGGAGCCUUUUGAGGAAGUGGAGCAGAUGGACCAGCUACGAGAGAGCAAAGGCAUUGGCAAUCAGGUUGAGCACCCAGUAGCAGAACCUCAUCUCAACUGGCGCGUCAUUCCUGUGACUGUGGCCUUCUGGCUCGCAUGGUGUGCCUGGCAGUGCACCUUUAAUCUUCUCUCGGGUAUCCUCACCUAUGUCAAUGCUGACAUAGGUCCUGACCCCAACUAUACGUGGGCCGUCAUUGUGAUCAACAUUGGCAUAGCUGUUAUUUGGCCCAUUGCCGGUUCUCUCUCCGACACUUUUGGCCGACGAUACUUCUUCCUAAUCGGCCUGAGCUUUUCCUUGGUUGGCUCCAUCGUCGCAUGCACUGCUCAGAGUAUUCCCAUCCUGAUCCUUGGGAAUACCAUCCUCGGUAUUGGAACGGCGAUGCACCAAAUGAUCCUUGCGGGAAUCUCGGAGAUUUUCCCAAACAAAUAUAGAGGCGUGGCAAUAGCAUCCGUGAAUUUUGUUUCCCUGCCCUUCGCCGGCCUCGGGCCCUAUGUUGCCCAUAUUAUCGUCGAACGUCUCACUUGGCGGUGGAUCUACUAUGUGGCCAUCAUCAUCGAUGUGGUGGCUUUCGUCCUGCUCGCCGUUUUCUAUCAUCCACCCAAGCCACAUCGGGAGCUCUCACGACGGCAGUUACUAAAGAACAUUGACUUCUUUGGUUUGGCACUUUUUGCGCUGGGCCUCACGGUCUUCCUGGUGGGUGUGUCUUGGGCCGGGAGCACGUACUCCUGGAGUUCUGCUGCGGUCCUAGUCCCGAUGAUUUGCGGCGGUGCUCUUCUCGUGGCGUGUGGGAUUUGGGGUGAGGCCCGGCCGGCACUUUUACAGAAACUUGCAAAAACCCCUCGGCUGACAAUUUGUGUAGAGGUCUAUGGGACCAAGAAUCCCUUAUUUCCCUCGUUUCUAUUCAGGGAUAUGAGAGGAUUCACCAACGUCAUUCUCAUCUGCUUCGUGGCGUCGAUGCCGCUGCUGUCGUCGCUGACCUUUUGGCCGAUGCAAAUCGCCAAUCUCUACACGACAGACGCGGUCAAGAUCGGGCUCUACACCUUACCCUUGACCAUGAGCACCGUCUUUGGAGGCGUAUUGACGGCCACGAUUCGAUGGUGGAAGCCUACAAACUACUACCUGGUCGGGUGCGCAUGCCUGUACACCGUCUUCACGGGGCUUUUGUCGACUCUCGGACCCGGGGAUCUCAACAAGGCGUUGGCCUACGCUUUCUUGUACGGCUCCGGCGUGGGACUUUUGGAGAUUGCCAUCAUCGUCAUCGUCCAGUUCUCGGUCAGCGCGGACCAUCUCGGUGCCGUUACUGGCAUCCUGAGCAGCAUGCGUGGAAUUUCCGGGGCGGUAGGAAUCUCCAUCUACGGCUCGAUUAUUUCGACGCGCCUGGCUCAAGACCUGCCGCAGAGAUUGGCGGGUGCCACACUUCCUCUGGGGCUUCCUGAGAGCUCAUUCCCUCUCCUCCUCCAAGACAUCUUCUCUGCCAACUUUGCGGGGAUCCCGGAGAUCCCAGGAAUCACGCCAGCGAUCAUGCAGGCCGCCGACACGGCAAGGAGGCUUUCUUGGGCUGAAGCAUUCAAGCCGAUUUAUUGGCUUGGAGCUUCGCUGGGCGUUGUAGCCGUCAUCCUGUCCUAUUUCACGCACGACAUCACCCCCAAGAUGGACAACCAGCUAGAUCUCGAUCUGAAAGAACAUGAACCUUCCCACCUUCACAACGUGCUUCCACAUCACCACCAUCACCACCACCACCAUCAGGAUGACAAGAAGGGAGAGGUAGAGCAGCAAGAAAAUCGCGUCCACUCUGCCGUCUAA